AUGGAAGAAAAUGGAACCAUUACCGUUGAGACAGAGGAUGUCAAAAAUGAAACUUUGAAACCUUUUUCGCACACCAAACCAGCUACCCCAAAACCAGCCUUCCCAAAACCAGCCUCUUCCCAACCAACACUCUCCAAACCAGCCUCCUCAAACCAACACCCUCCAAACCAGCCUCCUCAAGUUCGAACCCUUCCUUGGAAAUACUUAGAAAAGUUUUUCACCCUAAGUUCUUCUACUGAUGGUGGAAGAGGGCUGGUUGCACUUGGUUAUAAAAUUCACAGAAAUGGUCUCAAUAAAGGGGAAGAAGGAGGGAAGGGAAAGGGAAAGACCGACGAUGACGAGGUUAAGCAGAAGAAUAAAAAUAUAGUGGUUGUGGGUAAUAAACAGAACGGAAACAGGAAACCCAAAGCUGAGGUUGCUGACAAGAAACAAAAUGGGAAUAGGAAACCCGAAGUUGAGGUCACUGACACAAAUCUGAAUAGCAAAAAGUUUGAUGACAGUCAUGAUGAUGAGGUUCCAGGUGGAGAUGAGAAUGACGGUAGUAGUCUGUUCGUGGUGGCGUUAGAAAUGGCCCGUGAAUCUUGUUCGACAAUGGACCCCUUAAAUUCCGGUUUAUAUAGUCUAGAAGUUUUGAAGAAAAAAAGACCAGAUUAUGAAAACUGGGUUGGCUUGAUUGUGUUGGUGGUUGUUUUUUUUGUGAUUGUGGACAUCACAACAAAGGAUAAAAAGUUGAAAUGCUGGGUGGGUUUGGGCGAUUUUUGGUCGAGGUGA